ACCCCCAUGUACUUCUUCCUCACCAACCUCUCCCUGGCUGACGUCUGUCUCCUGUCCACCACGGUCCCCAACAUGCUGGUCAAUAUUCAGACCCACAGCAAAUCCAUAUCCUACACUGGCUGCCUGGCGCAAAUAUGUUUCUUCAUUCUGUUCGUAAGUCUGGACCACUUUAUCCUCACCGGGAUGGCUUAUGACCUCUACAUGGCCAUAUGCCACCCCCUCCACUACACCACCAUCAUGAGUCCACGGCUCCGUGCCCUGAUGGUUCCUGGGUCUUGGAUCAUCAGCAGUCUCUAUGCUCUGACACAUACUUUAAUGGUACUUCGAAUAUCCUUCUGUGCAGACAAUAAAAUCCAUCACUUCUUCUGUGAACCUACUCAGAUCAUAAAACUUUCCUGCACUGAUCCACUCAUCAACGAAGUAGUGCUCUUUGUUCUUGGAGCUCUGUUAGGGCUAGGUCCCCUUACAGGCCUUCUGUUCUCUUACAAUCGUAUUUUCUCUACUAUUUUGAGAAUCCCAUCUGCCAGGGGAAGGUAUAAAACUUUCUCCACCUGUGGCUCUCAUCUGUCUGUGGUCUCUUUGUUCAGUGGUACUGGCACUGGGGUCUACUUUGGCCCCCGGUCCCCCCACACGGCCAGAAAAGAAUCUAUAACAUCGGUGAUGUACUCGGUGGUGACCCCCAUGCUGAACCCUUUCAUCUACAGCCUGAGGAACAAAGACAUGAAAGGGGCCCUGAGAAAAUUCCUCAAUAGGAAAUCUGCCUUCUUCCAGAGAUCCCAUAUCAAUUGUUCUAGGAGUUCCCCACCACAAAGCUCAUCCCCCGAGGGUACAGAGGAGGUGGACGGUGUGUGCAAAGCAUAUUGCCCGACCGACCUCAAGACAACCUGCACAGGAGAACUUCAGCCUUCACAUUACUCCGAUAUUGGGACUACAGCAUAUUUCAAACCCACUCCUCGAUGGAAAGCUACAGGGUUUGGGCAUCCUGAGAGUGGGGUGUGUGGCCUCACCCUCCCGAUGAUGGCCCGAUCGUGGUCAGGUCUUCCGGAUGGGAAGUGGAGCCAUGAACUCCGUCCUUGA